CCGAUCUGGACCACUGAAACGUUCGCCAGUAUAUCAGAAAGACACACCAGGGUGCCGAGUAGGUGAAGAAAAACUCGCCAGGUGCCAGUGAGACUGACUUAAGACCCCUUCAAGUGCGAACUAAUAUCGUUGAUCGCGAUUUAUUAUUCAAAUUACUAGCAAAUCGUCACGAAGAUUUGCCGACUGCAACCGAAACCACUAUUCCAGCCAUUCGAAAUGCGGGCGUGGAUAAUGAGCCUCGCAUAUUUCUCCUUUUGCUUAUUCACCGUUAUCGGAACAAUUGUCCAAGCCGAACCAGAGUCCAUGGCUAGGCCGACCAGACCGAAGGUAUUCGGCAGUCCCGAGGAGCUGAAAAAAUAUGCCGACCUUGUCAGAGAUUAUUAUUAUUUGAUCGGAAAAGCGAGAUACGGCAAACGAGGUGACAUGGCGCCUAUGUCGACGGAAUUGAACAACUCUUGGGAAACUCUGAGGAUGAUCCAGGAUGCGCGGCGACAAAAUGAACAGCAGAGGCAGGAGAAGAUGAGGCAGAGUAAAGAGCAAGUUCUGUUCAGUGACCUCCAGAGCUCGGACAUCGACAAGCAUACAUCGCACGUCGCUACACGACCUGGCUCUCUUUCGGACAUGAUCGGCAACUAUAUCGAUGUACAAUAAAUGACUUCGCGUAGCAUCCUCUCCUCUCUCCUAAUUUUCCUAAUUUCCUCUCUUAAUACUGAAAAUAGUAUAUCAAAGUAUAUCCUUUACCGUCCCGAAUUUACGAAUGACCGUAAUACUUGUUGUUGUUAAAUUAAUUUUUCUCUUUUCUCUCUUCGCCGCGAUUUAGUUUUGUAUUAUGAAUAUCUCGUUAAAGAUAAUUGCGCGAUGCAGUGCCUGAAGAUGAUAGAGAGCGUGUGAGGAUGCUGAAAGAGUAAUCUCGAGGACAUGUGAAAACGUUCAAAUCGGAAUCUAAUUAAUAACGCUUGAGAUAAAUCGAAUUCUACGAAUUAUGUGAUACGAAUUUAGGUAGCAAAGUUGUAACCCCAUUUAAUCUUAUAUGUAUAAAUUUCUUUGUUAAUAAUAUUUAACAAGUAUAAUAAAGCUGAACUGACGAAUAAUUGGGGAAUAACUGCCAUCCGUUCAUUAACGAAUUCUAUUUCGAUGUGGACUACGUCAAUAUACAU